AGCUCUAUCUUGUCUAUUAGUAGUUAUGGUCGCGAUCGCAAGUCAAAUGGACGCAUGUACUUUUUGAAAAAGAUUUUGUUGAUAAACUUAGCAAUAAAGUUAUCGGUUUCUCAGGAAAAAUAAUACUGGGAGAGCUGAAUGCACAGGCGACUAACAAUAAUUAGUGGUAUGCUUCGCUGAGGGAUAAAGCCGCGUCCUCCGGAAGACUCAGUCGGCCACAUCUCGCAAUCACAUUAAGCGGUCAUUGCUGCGCUGCAGCCUGCGGAGCUCCAGGCGCUAGUGAAAGUCGGGCUCAUAUGGAGCCGUGGAGAAAAUGCGUUUAAAGUGAAAUCUGCGGUGAAGUGAAGUGUUUGGAAUGGAUAACGUAAACUUUGACGCGAGCGGCGAGGACAUCGAGCGGGCGCUCAUGGACCUGGGCCCGCUGCUCGGCGUCGCCAUCAAGGAAGAGGCGCCAGACGAGCUCGCCGCGUCCGCGGCGCCCGCUGCUCCGCCCAGCGUGAGUACCGACUGCUCGCCCCGCGACGCUCUCGUGGUGAGCGCGUGCGAUGGGGCCGAGGGCGAGCGGCCCGGCGCCGACUCCGGCGAGCGCGCGGACUCGUUGGCGUCCCCGCGCGCCGGCGCCGCGCUGUCCGCCUCGCGCUGCGCGCUCUGCGGCACGGCGCUGGCGCUCGCACACGGCACGCCCAAGCUCAUGGAGUGUCUGCACUCGGCGUGCGAGCCGUGCAUCAACGCCAAGAUCGAGGAGAAGCAGGCCUCGAGGGACUUCUGCGGUGGCGACCGCAUCACGGUGCAGUGCCCGGUGUGUCGCCUGCAGUGCCAGCCCGCCAACAUGAUCGACCAGCGCUUCGUGUUGGAGAAGAUGUCACUGCAGCAGCUGCGAGGAGCCGGAGCCCGCCAGCGCGACCAGCACUGCAGCAGCUGCGAGGAGCCGGAGCCCGCCACCAGCUACUGUACAGACUGCGCAGAGUUCAUCUGUGACAGCUGCGUGCAGGCCCACCAACGGUUAAAGAUCACAAAAGACCACACAAUCAAGAGCAAGGACGAGGCGAUACAAGAGCAGCAGGCGUCGCAGCCCGCCGCGCACGACAUGUUCUGCACGGAGCACCCGCAGGAACGGCUAAGCCUAUUCUGCGAGACGUGCGACCGGCUGACGUGCCGCGACUGUCAGCUGCAGCACCACCGCGACCACAAGUACCAGUUCAGCACGGAGAUGGCCCAGCAGGCUCGAGCGCACAUAGCGUCACUACUGUCCGAGGUGUCGUACAAGCGCGUGCUGCUCGGCUCCGCCAUGAAGGUGAUCCGCGAGAGGCAGGUGCUCAUCGCCGACAAGAAGAAGGCGCUAGUGCACGAGAUCACGCAGACCGUCGUCAAACUAACGAAUGCGAUAAACACGCGCGGCAAGCAGCUGGUACUGCGACUAAACGAGGUGUGCGACGGCAAGCAGCGCACGCUGAGCGAGAAGAAAGAUGCGUUGGAGCAGCUCGCCAAUAUCACCGACCACUGCGUGGAGUUCGUCAGCGCCGCGCUGCAGCAGGGCAGCGACACAGCAGUCCUAUACAGCAAGCGCGCUGUAUGUGCACACCUACAGCGCAUUAAAAGCCGGCGGGCUGACAUCCCCAACCCAGAGAUCCCUGUUCGCAUCGCACUGGCCUUAGACAAGCUACCCGAUCUCGUUAAAGUGCUGUCUUCGAUCGGGGCCAUAGUGGUGGACGGCAAGGUGGACGGCGGCGGCGCGGCGGCGCAGGGCCCCUACCACCCCCCUCCCCCUCCCGCGCAGCCCCCCCACCCCGCGCAGCCCCCCCACCCCCCGCAGCCCGCCACCGCCGCCGUCAGCGCCGCGCUGCACCACGCCGCCGCCAUGCACCAGCAGUCGUACGCGAAUGCGGGCAUGGGCGGCGUGGGAGCGGCGGGUGUGGGCGGCUACAUGUCCGCGCUGGCGGCGCUGCGCACCCGGCCGCACGGCCCGCACGCCGCGCAUGCGCUGCAGCAGCACACGCCGCUGCGGCACGCGCACGUCACCUCCACCACGCACCCGCACCACCUGCACGGUAUGAGCGAGCUGAAUUUACGCGGACUCCUGAAUCAAGGGUCGGGGCGUGGCGCGGCGCGCUCGCCCUUGCAGCCGCAUCCCGCUAUGCACCACUAUCAGCAGAUGAUGGGCGCGUACGCGAACAGCGCGUACGCGGCGGCGGGUGUGGGGGGUGUGGGGGGGGUGGGAGGGGGAGCGGGCGGGCGGCGCUCGGGCGGGCCGCGCACCCCCUCCCCCGCGCCGCACGCGCCGCACACCCCGCCGCAGGCCGCGCCGCAACCCGCCAAGUGGCACAUCCCGCAGCAGGGGCUCGUCAACGGUGGGUUCGACAUGUCGACAGGGCUGUGCUCGGGCUCGGGCUCGGGCCCGGGCGGCGCGGGCGCAGACUUCAAGAUCACGCUGGGGCGCGCGCGCGCCGCGCCGCCCGCCGUCACCUCCACCAACCCCAAGACUCCGAGCCCCAGUCUCAACGGUGGCGCCGGCGUAGAACUAGACAAAGUAUGCGCGGAGUCGGUGCAGGACUUGAUGGCCACUAUCGCCAAGCUGGACUCGAACGGCGUGCAGGUGCUGCCCGAGCAGCCCCGCGCCGAGCCCGCCGUGCACUCCUCUACCGACACCGCCGGUGGUACAGUAGCGCCGGCGACAGCAGCCCCCGCAGCAGCCACCAGCGGGGACCCCAACGAGGACUGGUGCGCCGUGUGCAUGGACGGCGGGGAGCUCAUGUGCUGCGACAAGUGCCCCAAGGUGUUCCACCAGUACUGCCACAUACCCACCAUCGAGAAGCUGCCCGACGAGACGGAGACAUGGCAGUGCCUGCUCUGCGUGAACUUCGCGGAGCUGGCCGAGGAGCCGCGCGCGCCCGGCGAGGCCAUCUCCCCGCGGGAACAGAAGCUCAUGGAGCGCGUCACGCUCGAGCUGUACUGCCAGUACGAGCCCAGCCUGCCCUUCCGCGAGCCCGUCUCCCAGCUCAACCACGACUACCACAGCAAGAUCUCGCGGCCGAUGUGCCUGGACAUGGUGCGCAUGAAGCUGCAGCCGCGCUCGCCGACGCGCUACGCGCACGUGGCGCACUUCGUGCAGGACGUGCGCCUCCUGUUCCGCAACGCCCGCCUCUACAACCCGCCGGAGUCGUCGAUCUACAAGGACGCGGUGCGGCUGGAGCAGUUCUUCGACGCGUCGCUGGAGAAGUGGCUGCCCGAGUACGCGUACUGGAGCGGCGAGGGCGAGCCGCCCGCCAAGCGCGCGCGCACAGACUGACUGCCCGCCGCGCCGGCGCCGCCCGCCGCCACCGUCGCCACCCCUCCACCCGCCACCCCCGCCACCCCUGCACCCGCCA